AUGUCUUCUUUCUCCUUCCCUGACUUCCCUCCAGAACCGUUGGACAGCACCGACGACAACUAUCAACAAUCCCCCACGUCACUCGGUGGCGACCUCUCCUUGCCGACUGUAUCAUCGUCAUCCAUGUUGAAACCCAUCGAUGCAACAUCGCCGUUCCUGCACGACAUCAAUACACCUGCUGAGUCAGAGCUGAGCAACUAUCAGUCCAGCAGCUACAGCGAGGCUGAGAACGGCGACGACAGCUGGUUCAACACCGUUGACUUCAACGCCCUAGGUGGAAAUACCCUUUCGCUCCCGGACUUCCACCUGUUCGACACACCCGUGACAGCAUCGGUCUCUACUCCUGAACCUUUCUUCCAGGACUCCAAGACAUAUCUUAUAAGCCCUGACCAGACGCCGUCGCUCAACACUUUCUCGCCCCAUCACUCUGCCACGCCUGCACAGAGGGGGCUCCAAGAGAACGUCGCCUUGACUAAGACAUUUUUAGGCGUUGGCUUGAUCUCGCCCCAUCAGCUUGUAAAGCAAGAGCCGGCAACCAAGCUAGCACAGUUCAACGGUUUUGAAGUCGACAUAGCCACACAACUGACACCGGACUCGGCGAGCAGCGGUGAUAGUUUGGGGAACACCAGCCACGGCGGCUUUUCGAGAGAGGAAGGGAAUACAUACACAGCUGUGUCCAUGGCUGGCCAGAACCCGUAUGUCACUGUGUCACAAUGGGACAAAGAUGAUGGCGCGGGCGGAGAUAACCCCAGCCUUGCGGUUGAGGCUAGCUUUGGGCCAAAGCCCAACCAGAACUCGGCCCUUGGCACAAGCGCUGAUGACAGCACUCUGCAGUGGCAAUCGCCUGCCAAGCCCGCCGUGCCUCAGUCCGUGAUGCGCAAUCAGCAUGGCGCAUGGGAAGUUGAUAGUGUCACUGGCCUUGGAGGGAUUGAUCCAUCCAGCCGCCUCACUACUGAAACGGCAACCAGUCUUAACGAAGAUGCCGACGCCCGGAAAGUUGCGGCGCAGAACACCGUAGUUAGCCAGUGGCUGGACGCUACUAAAUACGAAGUGCCGAUUGCCAUCACUCCCUCCUCUCGCCGUCAGGAACCUGGAUUUGAAGGAGUAUCGGAUCGUGACAUCAGUUUAGGACACGAGACACAAAACAUUGAACAGUUUGACCGGAUAUACUACAAAAAAGGCAAUGGUCCUCUCAAUGCCACGGACUACGAUAUCAUGCUGAGCAACCACGUUUGGGAGAAUGCUCCUACGAGUCUGCCAAUUACGCAGAUUGCAGAAGAAUCUGACCGGCGUCAACCCGAGUCGUCGCAAGCGGCCAUUGAGAAGUUUGAAAAGAUGUAUCGUGACAAUGCGUCAUACAUUUCGCGCUCUGCCACGUGGGGAACGCGGCGCCGCAGUCUCCCCAGCGUCACAGAUAUGGAGGGCAUCACAAGCGGAAACUUUUUCAAGAAACUCUCCCUCAGCCGUGGCGACACGCGCCGUCCGAGCAUCUUUGAGGGGCUGCGCACUCUUGUCAGGAUGCCGAGCACAAGCCAACAGCCAAAGAGGGUUCGGACCAGCCAGGAAAUUGAGAAGAAACCUACUUUGGACACGAACUGGGGCGACUUCAGUUUUGGGGAAAGCAGGCGGGACAGUAACUCGCUUGUUCCUCCUUCUCGGACUCUGAGCACGGGCAAGAACAAGCAGCACAUGCCUAGCAUUAAUACUGCUCUGGUCAAUAUGGGAAGCAGUGUGGCUUCUAUCGGGACAACGCACGCUCGAAAUGGGUCUGUAAGCCGGCAACACACGGGUUCGGUCAGCUUGAGCCCUCCGUUGACUUCGCCCAAGAGUCCUCUUCUGAAAGUGAGCAAUUCUCUCCGACGCCAGAGAAGCAAGUCGCUGUCCAAGGCGACACCCGAAAACCCGCACCCGAAUCUCGUUCGCAUGUUAAAGACCGCGGGCGGGCCACCAGUGGCAAACUUGGCUACUGGGAACUCUGCCUAUGGUCCGCAGACUCCUACGCUCUUUUCGAUGAACAGCCUUCCCCUCUAUACUUCAACAAACGCACCGGUACCUGCGCCUGUUAUUGCAGAUCCUGACGACGAUGAUGAUGAUGAAGACGAAGCAUUUGAUGAGGGUGACGUGAAGCCCGAGUCCGAUGGACUCAUCAACACGAUCUCACCAGACCUGAAAGGUUUCCGAGAGCUAGUUUUCACGCUGAACCCUACACUAUCCAGUACGAAUACGUACCUCGUGGAUCGGAUCGCGUACCAGCAGAUUCAGCGCUACAAAUCUUUGCUGAAUAACAAGGUGAGACAUCUCAGCUAUGUGAAGGGCAACAACUGUCCAAGUGGCGACCUGUGCAUCGAACAAGGCGGUGCGUCUGUGCUGCUUGAUGGCAAGAUGGACGUGGUUCCUCUCGAUCCCCUAUCGACUGGAUAUGGAUCCGCAGAUAUCGGAGAUCUCGCUUCGCCCCUGGAUGGUGCUGUCAGCCCCGAAAACUGGACGAAGCAUGUUCACGAGGAUGUGCAGCCAUUCACAUGCACAUGGGACCGCUGCCGGGAACCCAAGAUUUUCAAGAGGAAGGCCGACUGGGUCCGCCACGAGAAUGAAGGUCACCGGCACCUGGAAUGGUGGACAUGCGAUGUGGAUGAGUGCCGGCACACAUGCUACCGCCGAGACAAUUUCUUGCAGCAUCUGGUCCGGGAGCACAAGUUUCCCGAGCCCAAGCACAAGACAAAGGCGGCGAUUAAGAAAGCAGGCGCCACAGACGAGACGUGGCAGCGAGUUGAGCAAUGUCAUGCGGAGACAACAGACCGGCCACAAAACGAACCGUGCAAGUUUUGUGGCAAGACGUUUCCGACGUGGAAAAAGCUCACGGUGCAUCUGGCCAAGCAUAUGGAGCAUAUCAGUUUGCCUAUCCUGAAGCUGGUGGAGCGAAAAGAACUGGAUGCGGAUACUUUAAUUAGCCCUGUCCAAGAACCACCGCAGCGGAACUUUGCACCAACGCCGACAUUCCCAAGUGUAGACGAGACACAGCACAACAUGAUGCCCAAUCCGUCGAAUCUGGUGUCGAUGACGCGAGUACCUCCGGGUCCAUUUCACCAGACUCCGCUGGGGCAUACAAUGGCGUAUGUCCCGACUGGCGCUCCCGAAUCGAAUGAUUAUGUGUACCCGACUACUACGCAAACACCGUAUCAGCGGUCGUACUACGGCCAACAAUCAUUUGCACCGCCGAUGGGUAUGGCAUCGCAGAUGCAAAGUCUGAAUGGAGCAGCAAUAAAUGUGAUUCCGGUGUCUGCUCCGUAUACUGGUGCUGCUUAUGGACCCGGCCACCUGCCUCUUACAACGACAGGCUACCAAGACCCAACAUCGAACCGAGUGUUUUCAAAUUCGAGUAUCGAUGCGGUAUCCUACCCUGGGUUUUCGACGGCCAUCGCUAAUCCCCUGGGGCUGCAAACGAGUCUAUCCAGCGGCCAGAUGGACUAUGAAUUGGUUACCAACCCGUCGAUUGGCUCUAUCCCUCCGUAUAAACGUGCACCACUGAAGGGCCAAGGGCAGUUCUACGGUUAG